AUGCGCGCGCGCGACAGGGAAAAUCACUUUUGCUUGGACCAAAACGACGCGGCGGUGCGCGCGAUCGCGGCGGCGCUGCCGUGGUACGGACCCGAGUACUCGCCGCACGACGUGCCGUCGUUUUACGACGUGAGCGGGAUCACGGAGAAUCCCGAGGUGUUUCGCGCGGUGACGGAGCUGUUCGUCGCGAGGUAUCGCGCGCAGGGCGAGGCGGGACCGACGCACAUCGCGGGAUUCGACGCGCGAGGGUUCCUGUUCGGACCGCCGAUCGCGAUGGCGCUGAACGUGCCGUUCGUGAUGAUUCGCAAGGCUGGGAAGCUGCCGGGGGUGCUGGUGUCGAGCGGGACGUACGUCACCGAGUAUUCGACGGACGAGACGGUGAUGCGCCUGGGGAGCGUCAAAGCGGGCGAUCGCGUGGUUCUGAUCGAUGAUUUGAUCGCCACGGGUGGGACGGCGUUGGCGGGGUUCAAUCUCGUCGAUCAGCUCGGCGCGCGCGUGCACGAGUUCGCGGCGAUGGUGAGCUUGCCGUUUUUGGACGGCGUCAAAAAGAUUCACGAAUACGCCGACGGCAAGUUCAAGGACGUGCCGUGCUUCACCAUGGUGGACGAUUCCACGAUUGGGCCGGAGAUGUGUCGCGAUCCUCCCGCGGGAACGCCGCGCGUCGUCGCCGCGGGCGACGCCGCGCGCGUAUCGGCGGAAAUCGACGCGGCGACCGCGUAG